CCUCCGCCUCCACCUCCAGCCACAGGGUGCCUCCCAGUUUCCUCCUGCACAGAGGAACAGCCCACAGUUCACCUCUGCCCUGAGGUCUGGAAGCCCGGUGUGAGCCCGGGAGUAUCUAACGUCUGAUCUGCUGAAACUCUACUCUCCUCCAGUUGCCUGAAUGAAUGGGACACCCUUAAGUUUCACCUCACCUCAGAGGUCUGCGGGGAGAUCUUCUCCAUAGAAGUAAAUUUGAGGAGGCUGCCCACUGCUGAGGAGAAAGGCAAAGUCACUCAAACCUGAAGAAAUGAGAUCGCCAAGGAUGGUCACGUUCUACUUAGUGCUUGUGAUUUGUUCUUCAGAAGCUAUGCUGAGCACACCAGCGGAGCCCAUUGUUCAUCCUUCGAUUCUCCGAGAACAUGAACUAGCAGGGGAAGAGCUACUGAGGCCAAAAAGAGCAGUUGCAGUGGGUGAUCCUGUGGCAGAAGAAUACAUGGUGGAUAUUGAGAUCAGUUUUGAAAAUGUCUCAUUCCUGGAGUCCAUCAGGGCUCACUUGAACAGUCUCAGUUUUCCAAUUCAAGGAAACGGCACUGACAUUUUGAGCAUAGCAAUGACCACAGUCUGCACUCCUGCUGGAAAUGACCUCUUGUGCUUCUGCGAGAAAGGAUACCAGUGGCCCGAGGAAAGGUGUCUCCACUCUCUCACUUGUCAAGAGCAUGACAGUGCCCUGCCAGGCAGCUACUGCAGUUGUCUGAAAGGGCUUCCUCCCCAGGGACCUUUCUGCCAGCUCCCAGAAGCAUACAUUGCCUUAAAAAUCAAAGUCAGAUUGAACAUAGGAUUUCAAGAAGACCUAAAGAACACAUCCUCUGCCCUCUAUAGGUCCUACAAGACUGAUCUGGAAAGAGCGUUCCAAGCGGGUUACAAAACUUUACCAGGAUUCAGAUCGGUGACUGUGACACAGUUCACCAAAGGCAGCGUUGUUGUGGACUACGUAGUCCGUGUUAAAUCACCACCACUGCCUGGAUCAAUUCAUAAGGCCAAUGAGCAAGUCAUACAGAACCUCAACCAGACUUACAAAAUGGACUACAACUCCUUCCAAGGAGCAUCAAGCAAUGAAACAAAGUUCACUGUCAUACCAGAGUUCAUCUUUGAAGGAGAUAAUGUAACUCUCGAGUGUGAAACUGAAUUUGUGACCUCCAACACGUCUUGGUACUAUGGAGAAAAACGCUCUGACAUCCAGAACAGCAACAAAUUCUCCAUUCACACCACAGUCAACAAUAUAAGCCUGGUCACCCGCCUUACCAUUUACAACUUCACACAGCACGAUGCAGGCAUGUAUGGUUGCAAUGUGACAUUGGAUAUUUUUGAAUUUGGAACAGUCAGAAAAUUAGAUGUCACUCCCAUCCGGAUUUUGGCCAAGGAAGAAAGAAAGGUGGUGUGUGAUAACAAUCCUAUAUCGUUGAACUGCUGCAGUGAGAAUAUUGCAAACUGGAGCAAAAUUGAAUGGAAACAGCAAGGGAAAAUAAGCAUCGUAGGGAACCCAGACACAGACCUAGAGUCUAGCUGCAGCACUUACACGCUCAGGGCAGAUGGAACCCAGUGUCCCAGUGGAUCUUCUGGCACAACAGUCAUCUACACAUGUGAGUUCGUCAGUGCCUAUGGAGCCAGAGGCAGUAAGGACAUAGCUGUGACCUUCACCUCUGUAGGAGAUAAUUCCAGCUACAAAGGGGAAGUGACCGAGGUCCUAAGGCAUGUGAUGGAAGUGAGUACAGUUCAGAGCACCACCCGGAACAGCCUAGAAACAAGUAAAACCCAGGAGCAGCAAGCCAACCUAACAAUAACCCCGGACCCAAUUUCUGUUUCUGAGGGACAAAGCUUUUCUAUAACAUGUCUCAGCGAUGUGAGUAGCUUUGAUGAGGUGUACUGGAACACUUCGGCUGGUAUUAAAAUCCAUCCAAGGUUUUAUACCAUGAGGAGGUAUCAGGAUGGAGCAGAGUCCGUGCUGACGGUGAAGACCUCCACCCGAGAGUGGAAUGGAACCUACCACUGCAUAUUUAGAUAUAAGAAUUCAUAUAGCAUCGCCACCAAAGAUGUCACUGUUCACCCGCUGCCUCUGGCAUCAGACAUCAUGAUGGAUCCUUUGGAAGCCAGUGGUCUGUGUACCAGCUCCCACCAAUUCAAGUGCUGCGUAGAGGAGGAUGCAGGGGAAAACUACACUGUGACUUUCCACGUGGAUUCCUCAUCCUUUCCCGCUGAAAGAGAAGUUAUUGGCAAGCAAGCAUGCUACAAAUACAGUCUCCCAGCAAAUUCACCUCGCUGGUGUCCCAAAGACAUCGCAGUGUUCUGCCACUUUACCAAUGCAGCCAACAGCUCAGUCCAGAGCCCAUCUAUGAAGCUUAAACUUGUUCCAGGGGAGAAUAUCACAUGCCGGGAUCCCAUCAUAGGUAUUGGGGAGCCUGGGAAAGUCAUCCAGAAGCUGUGCCAGUUCUCAAGUGUUUCUGGAAGCCCCGGACAGACGAUCGGUGGGACUGUCACUUACAAAUGUGUGGGCUCCCAGUGGAAGGAGGAGUCGAGGGCCUGCAUCUCAGCCCCAAUCAAUGGUUUGCUCCAGCUGGCCAAGACAUUGAUCAAGAGCCCCUCCCAGGACCAGAAGCUCCCUACAUACCUGAGGGAUCUUUCUGUCAGUGCUGGGAAAGAAGAACAGGACAUUCGCUCAUCCCCGGGGAGCUUGGGAGCCAUUAUCAGCAUUCUUGAUUUGCUCUCCACAGUUCCUACCCAAGUGAAUUCAGAAAUGAUGAGGGACAUACUUGCUACCAUUAAUGUCAUCUUGGACAAGUCCACCUUGAACUCCUGGGACAAGUUACUACAGCAACAGAGCAACCAGGGCUCUCAGUUCCUGCACUCCGUGGAAAGGUUUUCCCAAGCGCUCCAGCUGGGAGACAGCACUCUCCCCUUCCUCUUACACCCUAAUGUUCAGAUGAAAAGCAUGGUGAUAAAGCGUGGCCACCCCCAAAUCUACCAACAGAAGUUUAUCUUCGCAGACUCUGACUUGUGGGGUGAUGUAGCCAUUGAUGAGUGUCAGCUGGGAAACUUGCAGCCUGAUUCAUCAAUCGUUACUGUGGCUUUCCCGACUCUCAAAGCCAUCCUUGCCCAGGAUGCACAGAGAAAGACAUCCUCCAACAGCUUAGUAAUGACAACCACCAUCAGCCAUAAUAUUGUCAAGCCAUUUAGGAUUUCUAUGACUUUUAAGAACAACCAUCAUUUGGGUGGCAAGCCACAGUGCGUCUUCUGGAACUUCAGCCUUGCCAACAAUACAGGGGGCUGGGACAGCAGUGGGUGCAUUGUUGAAGAUGAUGGCAGGGACAGUAGGGACAGAGUCUUCUGCAAGUGUAACCACCUGACGUCAUUCUCCAUCCUCAUGUCCCCAGACUCUCCAGAUCCAGGGUCUCUUUUAAAAAUACUUCUGGAUAUCAUUUCUUACAUUGGGUUGGGGUUUUCCAUUGUCAGCUUAGCUGCCUGCCUAGUUGUGGAAGCCAUGGUGUGGAAAUCGGUGACCAAGAACCGAACUUCCUAUAUGCGCCACAUCUGCAUAGUCAACAUUGCCUUUUGCCUUCUGAUUGCUGAUAUCUGGUUCAUUGUGGCUGGUGCUAUCCACGAUGGUCGCUACCCACUCAACGAAACAGCCUGUGUGGCUGCCACAUUCUUCAUUCACUUCUUCUACCUCAGUGUCUUCUUCUGGAUGCUAACUCUGGGCCUCAUGCUCUUCUACCGCCUGAUUUUCAUUCUACAUGAUGCAAGCAAGUCCACCCAAAAGGCCUUUGCCUUUUCUCUAGGCUAUGGCUGUCCUCUUAUUAUUUCAUCUAUCACAGUUGGGGUUACACAGCCACAGGAAGUCUACAUGAGGAAGAAUGCGUGUUGGCUCAACUGGGAGGACACCAGAGCACUGCUGGCUUUCGCUAUCCCGGCAUUGAUCAUUGUGGUGGUGAACGUGAGCAUCACAGUUGUGGUCAUCACCAAGAUCCUGAGGCCCUCCAUUGGAGACAAGCCAGGCAAGCAGGAGAAGAGCAGUCUAUUCCAGAUCAGUAAGAGCAUCGGAGUCCUCACACCACUCUUGGGGCUCACUUGGGGUUUCGGGCUUGCCACAGUGAUCCAGGGGAGCAAUGCUGUGUUCCACAUCAUAUUUACCCUCCUCAAUGCCUUCCAGGGGCUUUUCAUUUUGCUCUUCGGCUGCCUCUGGGAUCAGAAGGUGCAGGAAGCUUUGCUGCAUAAGUUUUCAUUGUCAAGGUGGUCUUCUCAACACUCAAAGUCAACAUCCAUAGGUUCAUCAACACCUGUGUUUUCCAUGAGUUCUCCAAUAUCCAGAAGAUUUAAUAAUCUUUUUGGUAAAACAGCAGCCCCAAAGGUUCCCCAAGGCAAUGAUGGAAACCUUGUUAGCAGUGGCAGUGCAUCGUCCUGAUGGAACAUAUAAUGUUUCCACCCCAGAGACAACCAGUUCAUCCGUGGAGAAUUCCUCUAGUGCUUACUCACUGCUCAACUAGGACCAGACAAAGCCAAAUCCACAGGACCUCUCAGAAACAGGGUCCCUAGCAAGAAAAGGGACCCAUCCAAAUCCAUGGGUAAAGUGUUCUCUCUGCAGACUUCUGGGAGCAGACGAUGAAGAGACUCUUUCAGUAGAGAAGAGGCUUUCUUUUGUAAAGACAGACUGAAAGCCAUGGCCAUGUUUAUUUUUGCUCCCAGCCCUAUCCCUUGUGUAAUGCCAAAUAUGUAUAGUAUUUAAAAGAACCCUCUCCAAAAGGCUCAACUUUUCUCUAUGUAUUGUAAAAUAGAAUUUUGAGGAGAGUUUUAUACACACACACACACACACACACUCACACCCCAUUGGCUUCAAAGAUAAGAGCUGAUUGAAACAGUAAGUAAAAAGCUAGUAUCCAGGAGUUCAGUGACUUCAAGGAAGAAAGGAAAGAAAGGUUGAGGGAAUGAGGGAGAGAGGGGGAAGGAUGAUAGAAUGGAAGAAAGUAAUGAAAGUAGGAAGGUUAAUGUAGAAAACAUUAUGGAGCACAUUUUAAGGCUUCCACAAUUGUGAUCUAAUAUGGCUACUCAUCUACCACAGCUCUGAGAGUGAAAAUACAUGGCUCAAAAACAGAAAAUGAAAUGAAGCCAUGGGAAUGUACUUAGUAAGUUUCUGAUCUUUCCCUGGCUAAAAGAAUAAAAGACAGAGGAGGGAAAGUAGAAAAGAAAGUAAGAAGGAAAGAUCACCACGAGGAUGCUUCUGGCUGGUUAAUAAUAUUGGCAAGCAAUGCACCCAAGGAGACAACAGUUCUCAUGACAAGGGCACGUAUGAACCAGUUCUUAUGACAAGGGUGCGUAUGAACCUUUGUAUGUCAAGGUCUGAGCGAAGCAGGGUGAACAUGCAGAGCAAGUAUGACGGCUACUCUUUAAAAGUCAAGAAAGGUUCAUUUCUCACAAUAUGUCAGAUAAGCAUUGUAUGCUAAUUUGUUCAGCAUUUUGAAAGCCAUGCAUGCGUAUGUAUAUAUUUUAUCCAAUAAUUGACAAACUUGAUCUCCUGCACUGAGCUCAGCUCAGAGUCCCACGUCUGUCUUACAUGUAAUAGCUUUAACCAGGUACUCUCUGUGCAUUGUAGAAUAGAUUUAAUAAUUGUGUAGCAUGUACAUUUUUAUUUUGCCUUUGUGAGUGCAUUGUGCCCAUGGAGAUGAUAGCCUUUGUUGUGCUGUCUGUAUUGCUAUGUACUAUCCCUUCCCAGCCUUCUAAGUUCCCAGGCCAAUAUACAUUCAGAGUUUCUAUGGUCUGAUUUGUGUUUCUUACAGCCACUUGGAAGGCUUCUGGAGAAAAAGUACCUGGCUCUUCUGUCUUCUCAGCCACAUUUAACUUUGAUAAGCCAAUGGCAGAUCCCCCACCCCCACUACCAAGAAUUAGAUUGUGAAUUUAUGCCUAUGUGGUUUUUGUUUGUGUGCCUCUCAAAAAAUACAGAUAUUUAUUAAAACUGCAUCCAUGUUAGAACUCACCAUGCUCCGUAUCCAAGAGCAAGCAUGCAUUUCACAUCAAAGUGUCAUCUCAGAGGACGACAGAUGUCUUAGUUAAUUUCUCAUUGCAGUAGUAAGACACACAGAUGAAAGCAAUUUACAGGAGAAAAGGUUUGUUUUGGCUUUCCCUUCGGAAUACAGGGAAUACAGCCCAUCAUGGUGGGGAGAGCACAGCUGUAGGAGCAUGAGGCCAGCCCAUCACACUGCCUCAGCAGUCUGGAAGUGAAGAACAGGAAGUGGGACCAGGCUAUGAGAACUCAAAGCCUCGCCCAGUGACAUCUUUCCUCUAGCCAGGUUCCACCUUCUAAAAGUUCUGUAAUCGCCCCAAACAGCACCAUCAACUGGGGCCAGAGGGUUCUGGCACAUGGGCCUAUGGGAGACAUUUCACAUUCAAACAACGCCAGACAGCAGACCCUUUAGGGCCAACAUACAGCGUUGGGUUUUUAUGGAGUGAGAGACUAUGUGGGUCCUUCAUUGAGAAGACAGGCUAGAAAAGCCUGAGGUCUGACAUCCAUAGUUUUAAGUACUUUCAGUCUCUCAGUUCCAAGCUUAAAGUCUUUUUCCGCUCUCUGUUCUUGAUAGCUGAAGGUCGGAGUGGGGCAUACAAAAUCCCAUCCCUUGAGUUCUGUUUCUGCUCAAGUGCCAUCUUCCCACACUUGUGUGAGAACCACCAUGCGUCUGUCCCAAUUUAAUGACUCAUUAUUAUUUAAAGUUCUUACAGGAAAGGAAUCCACAGGAAAUGUGGAUGUGCUCUCUAGGGAGUCUCCAAAGCAGAGCAGAGUUCAGUAGAGUGAAGACAGGGAGGGAGUCUAGAAUGGGGGGCAUCCUUUGGAUUAGAAUCAGAUAUUAGAGAAAGAAUGGCUAGGACGGUUCAGACCCUUGGGUACAUUAAGGAGCAUUGAGCCAGAGGGGUCUACAUACUAUAACAAGGCAAUAUUGACGUCUUGGAAGCUCAGCAGCAGGAGAAGCUGGGGCUAUUGUGCUCAAGAAUGCAAAUAUCCAAAGAACACUGAGCUUUGGCUAACUUAAUUGGUGCCUCUUGGGAGCCAUUGGGCUUGACCUUGUAAGGAGAUCAUCCACAACAGGCAUAAUAGUAGGAACUCCGAGCUGAAUUCCAUAGGAUACAGAUCUGGCUCUCUGCCUGCUUUCAUUCAGAGAGACACAUCUCCCAUGUGUACACAGACAUACACACAUACACACACACACAUACACACACAUACACACACACACACACACAUGCACGCACGCACGCACACACACACACAUACAUACAUACAUACAUACACACAUACACACACACACACACAUACAUACACCCAGGCACAUAUGAAUACACAUUAACACCCAAAUACACAGGCAUACAUGUACAGAUGUCAUCACGAGAACUGCCACAUCUCUGUCCCAACUGAAAGGCUUUUAGUUUAAAAGCCCUACAGGAAGUUUGCUAGUUUGUAAAUGCAGGAUUCAGGAGGACAUAGACAUAUACACAUCUACUCCAACACACACAUACUCAGAUGCACCUUGAUCUUUCAAGGUACAGCACUGAAUUCCAGAAAAGGAGGCUGUAGAUGUGGCUCAGUGGUGAAGAAUGUGUACUGAUCUUACAGAGGAAUCCCACGUUCGGUUCCCAGCAACCACAUUAGGCAGCUCACUACCACCUGUAACUCCAGCUGAAGGGAAUCCGUUGCUCUCAUCUUGACUUUGAGGGUACAUACAUGUACAUAUCCACCUCUCUGCCACACACCUUUACACAUACUUAAGGGUUUAAAAAUAAAUUUCAGAAAAGCUAUGUAAUAAAUCACAGAAGGAGCACUUAAUGGUUUCCUGCCACCGCUGUAUAUGCAAUCCCAUAUUAACAUUUCUAAAUGAAACCAUGAAAUAAACAUCAUAUCUAAAGUUGUAAAAGACAGAAGCCUGUAGGGUCUGUGCAUUGCACGAAAGCUAGAGCCAGUACCCAGUUCUGCAGCAGCAAGGGGCACUAACUAUGGCAGAGAAGGUAUGUUCCCUGACCUGGGUACCAAGUGAGUCGUGUUUGCUUUGCUAAGAGAGUGCCCUCUACUGCCCACAUUCCCACAUUCCUUUAUUGUGUAAAGUAGAUCCCAAGGGCCACCAACUUUCCUUAAGGGACUUUCCAUUAAGGCAGUUUCUUUCAAAAAGAUCUAUGCUAAUGUUUCAGGGUUUGCGAAGUUGGAGAAUCCAAAAAUACACACUUAAUUCACAGCAGUGUUCUCAGGGAAUACUGUAAGCAUCAUGUAGGGAGGAAAUGAAGAAACUCCAAGGGAAGUCGGGGCCUUCUGUGAUUUGUGCAGGGCCCUUCAGUGAGGUCUGUGUUGGAAGAAAAUACACACGAAGAUGAGAAAGAGUAGAGCAGUCAGCCAGUGUGGAGGGAGACAUGUGGGAGUUAUUCACAGGUGAGUGGAGCAGUCAGUCCCAGCCAGUUACAAGGACAGAAAAAAAAAUUCUAUGAGCUGUUUAUUCAGGGAGAAAGUGUUUUGUAUGCACCAUGUAGAAGUGCUGUGUAUGAGCUUUUGUACCCCAGAGAGGAAGCCAGUGACCCAGGUCAUUAGAAGCCUGGAUCCUUGUGAACCCUCAAGGAAGGAGCUUAGUGCAGACAACUACUUCUUACUUAUUGUCGAAGACAACAGAAAUAGCAUUUCUAUUGCAAUCAGAUGCCAUGGAUUUCUAGAAUUGUGACUCGGAGUUUAAAAUCAUGUCCUGCUAAAAUCUCAGUGUAUUAGUGAUGCUUUCUUUCAUAAUAAUAAAAUACCUAGUGAUUUUCCCA